CAAAGCUGCCUGACGCAGGCUGAGGUUGGCAAUUGGACCUUUGUUGCUGCGGGAGGAAUGGAGGGGAGCCGGUGGAACCAGGACUGCCAGUCAAGUGCCCAGUGUCAUCACCCUGCCUGCUGGCUGGGCAGGGUAACUCCUCAGGUCACCACCCUCUGCAGCCUGCCUUGGGCUUGGCGAGUGAGGAGGAGGGCGAGGGACAGCUGUCGACCCUGAACAUCCACCAUCCAUCGCUCCAUCACCUAGAGCAAAUGCAGGAUGAGGCCCAGCAGCUCAGGUUCCUGCCCGCCAUCCACCCCGUGUGUCUCGCUGCACAGCAGAGAGGGCAGGACACACUGGAGCUGCACUGCUGCAAGGUGGCUGUGGUGGAGAGGAUUGUGCACCAUGACACCUGCCCUGGAGCCAGAUCUGGAGACCCACCUCCUUCGAGCUGCCCUGCAUGCCGUCUUCACCCUGGGCACCGAGAAGGACAUCACCCAAGUCCAGGAUCUGCAUAGGGUCUUGCCAGACCUCCUGGAUGCCCUGCUGGGGAACCUGCUGGCAGAGUCCCCAGACACCGACCAGCUCCACUACAUCUUGGUGCCCCUGCAAUCCUGUUGGGCCAGGCCCGCAGCGAGGCCUCUGCCCACUGUGCAGCCACCAAUGGGAUUGGAAGGACACACGGACGGCAACCAGAAUGACAAACGUGUGUGUGUCUCUUUCCCGGGGCUGACCAUCCAUGAGGCCGAAGACCUGUGGUGCUGCGACUGGCACCAGGACUGCAGGCUCCUGGGCUACAGGAACACAGCCCGGGUGCAGGAGGUCUUCAGAAAGUUCUUCUCGGAGGGGCAGAGAAGAUUGCUUCUCUGGACGGCAGUACUGGCCAUCCACGACCCCCUGCUGCGUGUCAGCCAGGCUGGGCUGGUCCUGGCCUUCUCCCUCCUGGGGGAAGCCCAGCAGCUGAUGGGGGACAAGCAGGAGGCCAUUACGGCCAAUGUGAACCCGCGAGCUCCACAUCAUUCGGCACUUGCGCCAGGUGCCAUGCCUCUGAGACCACCAGCAGCUCCCGCUCCCGGCUGCAGCCCUGCACAGACAGCUGGCACGACAGAACUCAAGAAAACCGCUCAAUGACCACAAGAUCCGUUAAGGGACAAAGGCAUCCAGCCAGGUUUAUUGUUGAUGAAGCACGGUACUAGUAUCCCACAAACUCUACUGGACCACUAACACAUGUAUGCCCAUAACAAUGGACCAGCUCAGUGAACGGUGGGACUUUCCGUUCCUCCCUAGGCCAGACAAAGACACUCCCUCUGAGAUGCAUCUUUAUACCCUGAUACAAACAAGUUACGUACUGCCCCUCUGAUAUAGUUACUGCCCCCGACGUGGCUAGUUAUUACCCAUCACCUUGUACACGUUGGUUGGAUUAAAACAUCUCUGUUGUGUACUGUCAUCCUGACCUUAUCUUUGAGGAGGGGUCAGUAUGUUCCUGUUAUCCUUGGGGGAUGUUUUUGUACCGUCGUUGAUAUUGGGAUGUUCUGGUACCACUUGAUAUCGCGAUGUGUUUGCGUGAGAACUCUGUGACUAGCACAUCUUAGGAAUAUGCACAUCUUAGGAUAUGCAAUAUCAGCCCUGCUCUUGCCAGAUUCUGUGAGCAGGUCCUGCCUCAUACCAGGCCUCUGAUACAAGGGCUUCUGUCUCAGGCUCUCUUCCUAGGACAACACAUACAUGGCUGGAAAUCUGUCUGGCUCCCCUGUGUAUUAGUAUUGUUAAAACAGGUAUUUGAUUUAUAAAAACGUGUUCCAUGUUUAUGAAAUGCUUGUAGGAUGCCGCAUGUAUUAGGCCUGGUCUACACUGCAGAGUUAGGUCAACGUAAGGCAGCUGAUGUCGUCCUAACUCUGUAAGCGUCUACACGACAACGUUGCUCCUGCUGAUGUAACUCCACCUCCACAAGCGGCAUGCUGCUCAGGUCAAUGUAGCUAGGUCUACACCGUGUCAGUGUGGACACUGUGUUACUUAUAUCUGACUGUUCCAGUUGUCAGCCCCUGGUGGUUGACAGCUGGGGUCCUGCCACCUGGGGCUGACAGUGCCUCACAAUGCCCCACAGUUAAAUUGGUGCAAACCCUCCUGGUGAGGAUGUGCACUGCCAACACAAGGAAUGUAGUGUGGACAUGCAAAACUGAUUUAAUUACAGUAGUGACUGUACGUCAGCGUAACUUACAUUGACUUAAUUUUGUAGCAUAGACUUGUCCUUAAUCUCCCUUUCUGUACCCCAUGGUAUAAGGUAAUAUUAAGUGUUUGCAGUGUAAACCUCUGUAACUGUGUCGCUCACCAAACAGGAAAUCAUUCAUUAAUGUAAAGGCUGGCUUCCUAUGGAAGGAGUUAAGGCCUGCCCACCAGAAGGCCCAUUGAAACUGAAUGAGCCAUUGUGAAACCGAGACUUUGGUGAUUGCUCCCCCCACACCCAUGAAGAGGAGACUUGCAUAAGGACUCAUCCCAUCAGCCUGAACUCGGGGAAUAAAAAUCCCUGACAGGAAGAAACUGGGUCUCUGUGCUGCUGGAGAGGGCAAGAUUUCUAAGGAAGGGAUCCCCAGUGCUUGGCCUGGGUUAGCCCAGGAGGACAUACAGAGAUUGCACAUUACAACAGCUUCUGUUACCUUUUGAAACCUAAGACUGUAACUCAUUUGUGUGUCUGUUUAUCUGCU